AUGUCACCAAAAAACUAUUAUGCGAUCUACAAAGGCCGCGUAGACCGACCUACUAUAGUGUCUUCUUGGGCUCAGGCGCACCCUAGGGUUAAGGAAUAUAACGGCGCGGAUCAUGAGGGUUUUGAUACUCUUGAAGAAGCGCGCAACUCCAUGCAGAAAAGGGGUUUCAGCGAGUAUAGCGAGGUCAUCAAAGGCAAUCAAGCUAGUAAGACUGUUCCCCGGUCAACAGAAAGGUUUUAUGCGGUAGCGUAUGGAAAAUCCACUGGGGUAUUCAAGGACUACAAAGAUGUCAGGAAAGCUACCGAUUAUUUCGAGUCAGCAUGCCAUCAGCGGUUCAACACCCAGGAUGAGGCUGAGGAGUUCAUUGAGCAGUGGAGACUUGCCUGUAGUGAGGUUUGGCAGAGGGAAAUAAGAGAAAAACUACAAAAUGGAUGGUUACUCAACGACCUGAGUUUCAAUACUGAGUCGAUCCUGAAGAAGGAGGAUGAAGGUCCAGUCCUUCAUAGGCGGUAG